AUGGCAAUGACCCUCCUUAAGUAUCGCGACAGCUUCGAAGUGUUGGUAAACGCUGAGGAUAUCAAAGAAGAUUGGAUGACACUGCUUGUGGAAAUCCUGGGCAAAAUGUGUGAUACUAUGAUGAUCCACAAUCUGAUUGAAGUGAUGUCUAUCUGCAAGGGAUCCGCCCUUAUGGCCACUCAUUUGCCAAAAUACAUCUUAAAUCUCCCUUUUAUUAAAGAGGAUAUGAAUUCAGAUCAGUUUUCUUUACUGGUGGAAUGCUUGAUAACUUUUUUCAAGGAAUGGCUUGCCAAACUCCCCCACUCCUUCUGUCACGACGUUCCUAUUGAUAAACUCAGUGGAGUUAUAAACGACAUUGACGUAAAAGGGUUUGAAAAAUACAAGAAAGAGGUGGAAAAGCUUCUUCUUGAAAGACGCGAGCAAAUUAGGAAGGAGAGAGAAGUAGAACAAGCAUCGAAAUGGCCGAAAGUGAAACCUCAAGAAGUGGAGCCACCCCCACCGAAUGACUUUAGAGAAAUAUCCAUUUAUCCAAGCGAGACUGAAAUUAAUUCAGAGGAGAGGGCCUUUCUGCGACGAAACAAAACUGCUGAAACGGAGAAGUACAAAGACCUAAAUGAUUACUUGGAUGUUCAAUUCCGCCUUCUUCGCGAAGAUUUUGUCGCUCCACUGCGCGAGGGAAUCAGAGAAAUCAAGAAGAAGGUCCCCAAGAAAAGUCGAUCGCAAGACUUGAACAUUUAUGAAAAUGUCGAAAUUAUGAACACCGGUUAUACAAUGGCUGGAGUCGUUCAUAGCAUUCGUCUGGUGAUGAAAAACCUCGGAAAGAUACCGUGGGAGCACUCGAAACGCUUACUGUAUGGAUCAUUCCUUUGCUUGUCAAAGGAUAAUUUUAAAACCAUGCUGUUUGCGACGGUAGCAAAUCGGAAACCACAAGAUCUUCGGUCAGGAAAGCUGGACAUUCGAUUUGUCGACGACCUCGAGGGUACCCAUAGAAUGCUUGAUAAGUAUGUAAUGGUGGAAUCACCAGCUUAUUUUGAGGCUUAUCGACCCAUUCUGCACCAGCUAAAGAAUAUUACCAAAGAUACGUUUCCAUUCCAAGAGUACUUGGUCCAUUGUAACCCCGAUGUCAAGCCUCCUCAGUACCUCAAAUCCAAAAACCAAGUAUGGUACGACCUGAGAGAGACUCUCAGUGUACUCGAGGGCGCGGACAAAGUGGCCAUUUGCGACUUCGAGACAUGGCCUGACGUCGAUGACGUGAAACUCAACAAUUCCCAAUUUCAAGCGUUAAAAGGUGCCUUGACGAAAGAGUUCUCGGUCAUUCAAGGUCCUCCAGGCACAGGUAAAGUUAACUCAAACUCCACCACUCGGUAAAUAGUAAUGUAACUUACCCAAUAUUUUAACUGUUAUUUUUCGAAAAGGAGUGUAAAUAGUGUCUUAAUUUUGAAAUGUGCCUUUUAAUUUUGCAAAAACUGGUCUAUAUUGAGGCCUAUUGAGCUUUAUUGGCCAAAGAGUAGAAGUAACUUGAUCACUAAAAUACCUUUCCAUAACUUAUAAAGAGAGGAAAUUUGUAGACUAACCUCACGCGUGUUUCCCAAUACAUGCUGCAGUUUUUAAAGCCACAAGAACCUGUUAAAAACUAAUGGCGAUCCCAUUGGUAAUCUAUCACUUUUUGAAUUACUUCAAAAUACUUCAAACCCCAUCAUCUGGCAUCGGAGAGCUAGCACUGUGACAAUGCCCCUCCGAGCAGCAUGACAUAAUGACGUCAGCAAACGCUCACCAGCCAGUCACCCCCUUAUCAAGGGCGCUGAUCAAUAGCCAAUUUAGUAAUUUUUCCCGUUAUAUUUGAGCUAUAUAUAUAUAUUUUUUAUCGUUUAAUUAAGUUUCUUUACCUAAUUUCCUCUAGGUAAGACGUACGUCGGUUUAAAGAUUGUGAGAGCCCUUCUAGAAAACAAGCAUAUUUGGAACGAGGAAAAGAAGUCCGCCAUGUUGAUGGUUUGUUACACAAACCACGCCCUGGACCAGUUUCUGGAAGGAGUACUAAAAUUCCAACAAACAGGAGUUAUAAGAGUUGGAGGUAGAAGUUCUUCGGAGAUUCUCAAAGCCUACAACUUACAAGAACACACACAGCCUUCCGACAGCAAGCACUGGCUCAAGAAAGAAAUGUUUAAAUGUCAAGACGCCAUACAAAGAGCACGUAACAGACUGGCGCGUAGCAAGCGAAAUAUCCUCAGCCUGAAAGACCUGGAAAGCUGUGUCGGCCUGAAACAAUUCAGCCAAUUCAAAGCAGCAGAGGGCAUUUUAAACUUGCAAAGAAAAUCAGUACUUGAAAGCUGGCUAGGUCUGGAGCAGAUCCCAGCAGCAAUGAGGAGUUCAUUGAAUGAGACUCCGACCGCUGAAUCCGUUGCUGACAAAGGUAGUUCCUGUGAAGAUACUAAUGAAGUUAUAGAAGAUAGCAUCGAAGUAGACAGGGAUGCUGAAAUUAUUCAAAACCAGCGCUUACUAGGUGAGAAUCAGUUCCAGCUUCUAAAAAAACAGGAAAACGCCAAACAAGAAAAACAGCGACCUACCAAUCUCUCGAGGGAUCAUUUGAAAGUUCUCGCAGGAGAAUCCAAGCUUCAACCCCUCGCUGUGACCCAACUUUCCAAGAUUAACGAUGUUUGGAACCUUCCCUUUGAGGACCGCUGGAGGCUGUAUUUGUUUUGGCUCAGGUUUUUCAAUCUAACUGCCAAGAGGAAAUUUCAAAGAGGAAUAAGCAGUACGAGGACAUCUGUAAACGCUUCACAGAGAUUAAAACCCAGGGAGAAUUGCACGCCCUAAAAGAUGCUGUAGUUAUUGGAAUGACCACUACUGGAGCUGCAAAGUACCGCACCCUACUGGAAGAGAUUAAACCAACAAUAGUCGUCGUUGAAGAAGCAGCAGAAGUUCUUGAAGCUCACAUCAUAACGUCCUUGACUAAGAACACGCAGCAUUUGAUUUUGAUUGGUGAUCACCAGCAGUUGAGACCGAACCCGUCCGUAUACACUCUAGCGAAGGACUAUCAUCUUGAUGUGUCCUUGUUCGAAAGAAUGGUAAAUAGUGGGAUGACGUGUUACCAGCUCAACACUCAGCAUCGAAUGAGACCUGAAAUCGCGCGACUUAUGAGGUUCAUCUACGAAGAUCUUCAAGAUCAUGAAGAAGUUCAUAAAUACAAAGAUGUGAAAGGUGUAUCCAAAAACAUUUAUUUCAUAAAUCACCAAGUCCCUGAAGAUGAAAGUGAAGUAAAUGACAGACUCAAGAGCCAUUCAAAUAAACACGAAGCAAAAUUCAUCGCAGCACUUUGCGAGUAUUUUAUCCUUCAAGGGUACGCACCAUGCGAGAUAACGGUGUUGACCAUGUACACUGGGCAAGUUAUUACUCUACAAAGGACAAUGCCGAAAGAUAGAUUUGAGGGAGUCAGAGUCACGGCUGUUGAUAAUUUUCAAGGUGAAGAGAACGAAAUAAUCCUGCUUUCUUUGGUGAGAUCUAACAAGCAGAGGAAAAUUGGCUUCCUUGCAGUUAAGAAUCGGGUGUGCGUGGCCCUGUCUCGAGCUCGGAAAGGUUUUUAUUGCAUCGGCAACUUCUCCUUGCUGGCUGAAAAAAGUGAACUUUGGAGGAGUAUUGCCCAAGAUAUGAAAGAUCAUAAUGCCAUAGGGGAAGCAUUAGAGUUGGUUUGCAGUAAACACCCCGAUCGAAAAAUCCACGCGAGGGUUGCAGACGACUUCAAGUCAGCACCAGAGGGUGGAUGUACACUGCCUUGCGAGUUUCGCCUUCCCUGUGGUCACAGUUGCACAAGGGUGUGUCAUCCUGACGACAGUGACCAUGCCCUGUACAAAUGCCAGAAAGAUUGUUCAACCGAGGUCUGUUCAGAGCAUCAAACUAAGUGUAGCAAAAAGUGCCACUUUGGCGAGGUUUGCCUAUUGUGCUCUGUAGAAGUGGAAAAGAAGAUCCCCAAAUGUGGACAUCAACAACUUGUGCCAUGCGGAAUACCUGUAGAGACAUUUAAGUGCCAGAAGAAGUGUUGGAACUAUCUGCCAUGUCGUCAUCUGUGCCCUGGAAAAUGCUGGGAGGAAUGUGCACUUUUCCAGUGUGAGAAAAUUGUCAAGAAGAGAUUUGAAUGUGGUCAUGAAAUUGAAAAGUCUUGCUGGGAGGUUUCAGAAUAUGUGCAAUGCGAAGAGCCUUGUCGUGCAACUUUGGACUGUGGUCACCCUUGCGUUGGAAACUGCCGCAAAUGCAAGCAAGGACGAAUUCACGUUCCUUGUGAGGCCGACUGUGAAAGGAGAAGGGUUUGCCUUCACCCUUGCAAAGAGCCUUGCACAACGAACUGCCCGCCAUGUCCUGAGAAAUGCGAAAAUCGAUGUUGCCAUAGCCGAUGUUCUAGACAGUGUAUGGAAGCCUGCGCCCCGUGUAGGGUAAGUACAAUGAAAACUGUAUCCAAAUGAGGUAAUUUUAUUUGAAAUCUCCCUCUCUGAACAAAGGUAGCUCUUUAAGGCCUAUAACAUUUUUAUUAGUUUCCUAAUUGUCCAGUAAAUUUCAAGAGACUGCUCACUGCAAGAAAUUGUCGCACAAUUGCUGGUCUUUCUUUGAUCUGAGCAUCUCAGCCUCAAAGGAAAAACAUCACCAGUAUCCCAGUAUGGCGUGAAAAUUAUGACCAGAAAUCAAACACACCAAAUCAACCCUAGAUGCCUGCAAUUUCUUUCUGCCGAUUUAGCUUAGUGGUGUGACCUUAGGUAAGGUACCAAUGUCACGUUACUAAAUACGUCGUGGGUUUCCCUGAGUUUCCGUCAUGUGCUCCUCUGAGCAUUAUCAUUUACGGUUGUUCUUUAUCAUUUUCAGGAACGCUGUGCCUGGGUUUGCCCUCACUUCCGAUGCACGAAGCUUUGUGGCGAGAAAUGCAACCGUCCUCGGUGUAACGAGUCAUGCAGGAAGAAGCUGAGAUGUAGCCACUCGUGCAUUGGUAUUUGCGGAGAACCUUGCCCGAAGUUGUGCAGAAUUUGCCAUAAAGAUGAAGUUACCCGGUUGUACUUUGGAACUGAGCGAGACAAAAAUGCAAGAUUUAUCGAGUUGUCAGACUGUGGACACGUGGUUGAGGUUACAGCAAUGGAUUACUGGAUGGACAAUGAUAGCCGAAGUAACGAUAUUAAAUUGAAGGAAUGCCCCAUCUGCCAGACUCCUAUCAGGAUUAGCUACCGGUAUGCUGAUAUCGUUAAAGAAAAGUUGGCUGACAUCGAAAAGGUUAAAGCACGAAUGAACCAGGAAGAGAAAAACUAUCAGCAGUUGACCGUAGAGUUGAAAAGAAAAGCUUUCUCUCUUGAAAGAAAGUAUCCCGAUAUCAGACAGCAACGGAAAUCUUCAUCGGAGAGAAAAUACGGUGACGAGCAAAUGUUCAGCUCUUCAAGUUACGAUAUUUUGAUGGGUUGGCUGCAGCAAAGGAAAACUAUGGCCGAGCUGAGCACAAUUGAGAACCAGAUGAGGAUACUGAUCCAAAUAUACGAGAUAAGAGAAAGAACAAAGAGGGAUCUUUUGAAAAACACUCGUCAUGGAGUACUAACACCACCCAGUGUAAGCCACUCAGAUGAUGUGUUCUUGCAAGCAGCAAGAGACACUGAUGAAGCACUUAAUCAUUUAGAAGAAGAUCUAAUGAAGUUUCAAGUUUCCUAUCAGAGGCUGGUUGAUAUACGAGAUGAACUCCUAUGUGUGAGUUUCUCGUUGAGCAUUCGAGUGAUUCAGUGUAAAAUCGAAGAGCGUACCAUUACCGUCGCAUCUGACCAAGAAGUGUGGCUGAGGACACAGGGCAGGCAGCUGGACACUAGCCAGAAGCUUGGGAAAGAAGCUUACAAUCACAUUGAGGAUACAAUAAACGAGAUCCGAGAAAAAUGUGGUCUAGAUAGUCUGCCUCCAGAAGAACGAAUUUAUAUUGCGAGGCCAAUGAACUUCUCCCAAGGACUGUGGCACAAGGUGUCCGAACGGGCAUCCCAGUAACGUAGAAGGCGAAUGCCCAGAAUGCGGUGCAGCAGUUGGAGACAAGAGUGACACUUGCUCAAGGAAAUCAGGUAUGUCCUGUGCAAAUUGUUACUUGGGUAGAAGGAGCGUUACUGAGGUCAUAUCUUUGUCUGUUUUUAAGAAUUUACUAAUAACCAGACAUGAGCCAACAUUUAUUUAGAUAUUAAAGGUGAUACUUUGAUAGGUGUUGAAUUUGAGCUCUAAUCCAGACUGAAGAAACUUUGUCUCGAAAUUGAAAUGUGACAAUGCCAUGUUAAGAAUGGGUCACUGCCAGGAUGUAGUUUGUUCAUACGGUUUUAGAUUAGAUAUUACUUAAAUUGACUUGGUUCUUUGUUCGUACUAAACGCAUGCACCAAGGUUGAUGCAUUUUUCUUUUGUCUAAUUAAAGAUUGCAACAGCAGGGGAUGAGGCAAUGUAUACUGAGUAGUUCCACCAAAGAAACCAGUAGAUUUAUGGCCCUGAAGACCAAAGACGUCUACUAUUUGAAAAAGGACAUUUCUGGAUCGGUUCCACAGGUUACAGUUAAAACUAAACGUUACAAUUUUCCAGCGUUGAGACAUUUAAGAGGUGAUUAAUUUUUACAAAAAACAUCAUGAAAGUAAUUCCCCCUAUAAGUGGUCUUGUGGUAGAAUAAAAACAUGAUUGAAAUUUGGCAAUAGUUCAUUUCACAGUUGCAUGCUAGGUUGCUAAGCCUUUGAACAGGAGUGAGGCUAAGGUUGACCUUGUUUACCUUGCUGCUUUUCAAAUGCAAAUUACUUUGUUAUCAUGCUAACUAGAUACUGGUCUCUAUCACAACAAGGUCACCUUCAGUUUCACUCCAAGUCAAAGACUUGGCAACUAAAUACACAACUGUAUAAUGGCCUAUUAAAAGUGGUAACUCACCUUUAAGGUAGUCCUCACUGCGUAUGCUCUCAUGGGUGAUUAGAUUAAUUAAAUCUCCAAUAUUCGAAGAAGGAUGACUUUUCCUUUCUUUCGUCUCUUCCUUUGAAUUGAGCAACAACGUUCUUCACGUUUGAUUAAUGUAGAGAAACUUUCAGUGUUGAAUAAGAGAAAAUCUAUUUUGCACGUAUUAAGCAGAUAUUUCACUGCAUAUUUUACUGAUAUUCUAAGGAAACAUUAGCUAAACGUUGGGCAUACAUGACAUGUUUCUCUUCUUAAAAGAGCCGCCCAUUUUACCUUAUUGCAUGACGUUCUUCAUACUGUGACUUAAAAAUUCAUGUGAUCUUUCGAAAGUCGUCACAGAAGUCCUCAGGUUGACCUAUGUUUUCAUUUUUUAAACGAUUCUUAUAAGCGGUUGAGUAUUUUUUCUCCUAUACACUCGGGAUAGCGAUUAAAGCCACCUUCUUUAACAAGAGGAAGUUAGAGGAUCUCGAUGUCGUAUCAAAAGUCCCCAGUUUCAAACAUGGGUUUAACUUAAAGAAAGCAAGUCAUUCCCUAUCUACUAAGCCUACUCAGGGCUGAAGAAUGUAAGUUUCUUUUCUGCUGAAAAAUUUGCACGAGGCGUUUCAUCGUCAUCAUUGGCAACGUUAAAAUCCAAUUUCUCAGAACUCCUUGCACCAUUCUGUAGGCAAUGUAUGGUUCCUGAGGAAGGCAACGAGGCACUGAGCUCUUAAUCUACAGCUUUGGAAUCUAAAUAUCUGCCUUUGUUUAGAGUAGGUGGAUUCAAACACUUUACGGUGUAAAACACCGUGACAAAGAGAAAGACAAUACGCAACCAACUCACAGAAUCGUUUAAGAAACGAAAACAUGUAUUAAUGGACUGUGGACAAUUCGGCUACCUAUUCAGAUGUGAUCAAGUCGCCUUAUACAAUUAAACGAAGAUACACGUACAUCGUGUAAGAAUUUGUUUCCUAGAGAUGAAUUUUUAACAGGCUUAGCCUUCUGUCAAGGGGGGAAAGUUUCAAAAGAAAUUGUGGUGCUAUGCGUGUCAGUUUGCCACAGCGAACAUUAGCUUACAAACACUUUACAGUGGCCAGUUUGCGUUAUCAACUCAGUUGAUAAAAACAAAUUAUUUUGUCUUCUGUCCGACUGGUUUCCACUUUUGUAUGAAUCCUUUUUACUCUAUUCUUUAGCCCUCAAAAUGUUAGAGUGAAUAAGUUUUGUUACCAUUGUUUAUCAAAUAUAGUGCGGUGUUUCUCAAGGAUUUCCACCCCUGAGAAAAGCCGUAACAGCACAUGUGAAAAAUCACGAUAAUUGUUUACGUGUGUUUGAUAUUGCCAAUCAGCUGCUGACACGUCACUCGCCUUUCGC